UCAGACACUGUGAAGCGCUUACGUUUUGAUUCAUUAGGUUUGCUCAGUUUCAGUGUCAACAACACUUGACACUGAAACAACACCAUGUUUUUUGGAAGUCCACGUCUCUUUUGACCCACCUUCAUUUGCAAAGUUGCUGCUACUUUUUCUCCUAAAUCCUUUUGGAACAAGCAAAGUUGGACCAACGUGUUCCAUCAGAGGGUUUACAAAGUGAAAAUGAUAUGAAAAGUACACAGCAGGUUGUGGUUUUGUUCUUGUGUUAUUACGUCUUUUUUAUGGUAUUAUUCCAACUCUAUCGCUGUAAUAUUCUGAGCUUAUUCUCCUAUUAUUUCAACUUGUUGUACCAUGUAAAUUUUUUUUCUUAGCCUCGCCCUAAUACUCCGUUCAUAGGAUGGAGAGCGUCUGUCAACAAAAAUGUUGACGUACUGAUUUUCUGAUCAACUUUGACGAGGCCAUUCAUAAACAGAAUCUAAUUGAAACCGUUGGCUCUAUGUUUAGAGUCAUCAUCAAUAGCUGGCUCAUUUUUUGCUUGUUUUAAAAUAUCUGUUGGAAAAAAUCUGUGUUCAUUUCAUUUAUCACCAGAAUGAUCCUCACUUUGUUGCAGUAAUAAUAAAUGUUUUAUCUGGUUUCUCUUCAGCAGGGUCCAGUCAGAUUGAGGUUCCGGUUUUCGCCCGACGUUUUGUAGACCUGCUGAACACUUUGUCGGUGCCGUGUCUCCCCACUGACCGCAUUGGGUCAAAGAAAACAUUACUCCUGCUGUGACUGAACGUUUUUCAAUAUUUUAUCACUCCAGCGUUUCCGUUUGCAGCUUCCAUGUGUGUGAGAGUCUGUCUUCUUCAUUUAUUUAUACGCCGCCCUGUAGUGUGCGGCACAGAGAGGAGUGGCUCUUCAUGCAUCGCUGCACAGCUGAAAGGUCUCACUUUAAAAAAUUUGGUUGUUUUGAAAAGCUUUUUGGGGUCAAACAAAAUGGGCUUGGAGGGUUUGAUUACAGUGGAAAUGCAAUUUACUAGGUGUUUUCUAAUAAUCACAUUUUUGUUUUAUGUUGGGUUUUUUUUUAGGAUUUGGAUGAAUGGAUUUUUCUUCUAAGAUUAUGAAAUAAUUAUGACCUCCUCUGUCUUCUGGUUGAAAAUGACUUACAAUGCAUGUGUGAGGAUAGCUUUACAAAGAACUGGACCCUUUGUGAGAAUGUAGUUCAAUUUUUAAAUCGGCCCUAAAAUGUGUUAAAAUUUUGCGCUGUCAAUCACUCUCGUGUAGCCUCGCCCAAAUGUUCAGGUUAGCUAGUGUGACCACCGAUGACGGCAGAUAAACAGUUUCUCUAGAUCGGUAAGUUGUUUCUCUACUAUUAGCACAUUGUUAUAAUAGUGUUAAAUUCACAAACGUAAUUGAUGGCGCUAAGACCUCCUCUUACCUCUGAUUGGUUGUUUCUGACCGGGAGCUGUGUUUUUCUCCAUGGAGGAGCUUCAUUUUUUUUUUCCCAUAGAUCAGGAGUGUCAAACUCCAGUCCUCACGGGCCGCUGUCCUGCAGUUUUUAGAUGAAAUGGCUUAAUGACCUCCUCCUUGUUCUCCAGAGCCUUGCUAAUCACCUAUUAUUCUAUUCAGGUGUGGUGCAGCAGAGGCACAUCUAAAAGUUGCAGGUCACCGGCCCUUGAGGACUGGAGUUUGACACCCCUGCCAUAGAUCAUCUGUCUGAUAGCAUUCUGUGACAAUAUGGUGACACGUUCAACAAAUAUGGAAAAGACAAAUAUUGGUAAAAGUUAUGUAUAUUGCAGCUUUAUGGAGCUGUUAGAAUUGUACACACUCGACUAAAUAGACUCAGAUUUGGUCAAUUAAAAAUCACUCGUAUCUGCAACCAAUCCUGUUGGUGAUUUUGGUUUAAGGCGUGGUUUGUUCUCCCUGCACACAGAGCAGUUGUAGUUCCUAAGCAGAGGCUGGGAGUGUCUUUGUUUCUGCUCUGAUGAGAAGUCAUUUCCACCGCCUGUACAGAGGAUCAGAGGGAGGCAAACGGCUCAGACGGCUUCAGACCGUCUUGAGGAGGAGGCAGCAGUGCCAGCACUUCCUUCUCUCCGCCACCAGGGAGCAGCAGCGUGGAGGUCUAGCAUGACCGCCUCUGAGUGGCUUUUAAAAUGCACCCUGGGAACGGCCACGCUGUGGAAGUCAACGCUCACAAACGAAGAGACCAGCUCAGGAGCCGAGAUGAUACAACACCCGUGGCUCCGUCCGCUCCGGAUCUCAUUCCUAGAACCGAAAAGGAACAAACGUUCAGCAUGAGAGGCGAGACGUACCACAGAAACUCUACGCCGGUCUUGGAUUCAAGCAGCCACAUCUACUCAGGCCCUGACGACAACUCCACACAGCCACACGAGUCACUGACAGAGUCUUCCACCAUCACCUUCGUAGACGACUACACUCUGGAGGAGUCGGUGGAGGACCAGAGUCUACAGGGAGCGGGAACGACGUACCUUAAGGAGUUUGUAUUGAUAGACGACGAUGAAGACGGGGACAUGUCGCUGAGGGAGAAGACUGUGACGGACUUCUCCGUCAGGGAUGGGAACGCUGCCGACCUGGUGUGCGGGAGGCUCCUGUCCACGUCCACGGGCUCGCUGUCCGAGUCCAAAGACGAGUCUUCGGUCCGUGGCCCCCCACCGCCUGAGGAGGCCGAGGCAGUACACAAAGACGGUCCCUGCUGCUCCUGCAUCGUGCUAUGACUGGUCAGGAGCUUCUGAAACCCAGUGACACAGCCUUGCAAAAGUAUUCAUACUUGUUAAAUGUUCUGGGACUUUCUUACUUGGGAUGCACAGAUACGAGAACGACCACAUGUUAUUCUUUUUGAAGCCUUUUCAUGCAUGAAAAACUUUUAAGUUCCACUUCCAUUUCUACGGCCUGUACGGCCAAUCUUCAACCAAGCAUUACGGGACCAAAUGAAUCAGAGUCAGCGUCUGGUUCUGUUACUGAAUCAGAACCACUUUUAGGAUUUGAUCUGCUUAUUUAUUCUUCUUCCCUCUCAGGAGACGUGUUUUGUGAUAUGAAGCACAUUUGUACUUACUGGUCAAACAGGCUGUGUGAGACACUUCUUAAUAUUGACUUCCAGAAUGUUCUUCGUGUACUUUUUCUUUAAACGGAGACGUUUAUUUUGAUUUCCCUGCACAGGAUUUUAGCUCAGAUGAUCAAUCCUGAAGUAAACAAAACUUCUCUAAAGUUUGUUAGAAUUUUUUUAUACUAAACCAGAUGCAUGUUUUUUUUUCAGAUCUAUUCAUGGUGAAGGAUUUUAUGAGAACUACAUAGAAGUUCAUAAUAAACUGUUGCUAACCUGAAAUAAAUCAAAC